AUGCCUCCUAAGAAUAAGAAAGAAGAGGAAGCAGCUAGAUUAGCAGAGGAAGAGAGAAGAAGACAUAUAGAAGAAUAGUUAAGAUAAGAGGAGGAGAGAAAGUAUGGAUGUGGUAGAUAUUCGACAAAGUAAGAGUUGAUAAAUAAUAUGAAGUAUGUUAUUACCAAUAAGUGAAUAUAUAAUAAAUGAAGCAUUUAAAUAGGAGGAUUGGAGUAUACAGAUAAAGGAGUAUUUAUGCAAGGUAGAAUGAUAUAAGGAGUAUAUAGAUUUUGGAAAGGAAUCAUUGUGAGAGAUUGAGAGACAUUGAUAUUGAGAUAGCAGGGGAAUAGUUGAUAAAUGAUUUUAGUGCAUGCUAAGAUUUAGGGUUUAUGGGAGACUAAGCAUUGAUAUUCAUAAAUAUGAUGUUUUUAGUUUACAUAAACUAACAUGAGAAGUUUGGAAAGUUAGUAGAGGGAGGAUUGACAAGAGGGAAAUCAUAAUAGGGAGAUAGGAAACUAUUUCAAUAGUUAUUAUGUUAACAUAGUAGUGAAGGAUAGGGAAGUCAGAAAGUAUUUGUAGCAAAAUAAUUGUAACCGAUAAUUGAUUAUAUGGAGAAGGGUAAAUAGAAAGAAUAGUAAUUAAGGUUAUUUAUCUCAUUGGUUGUUGUUACAUCAAGCACAUUCACAUAAUUAGAGACCCUUAGAAAUUUAGGUGGAUUUACAAAUAGAAUUGCCAUUACCAUAACCAUCUCUUGAAGAUCAUACAUACUAUAAACCUAUUGUUAAUGAUGAUACUUAAUCAUUCAAGAAAACAGAAAUGGAAGAAUAAGAAGUAGAAUAUCAUGAACCUACUGAUGAAGAAUUAUUAGAAUCUGUUAUUAUGAAUGCUAUUUAAGAUAAAUUGAAUAUUGCUUAAUAAGAAUUAGAAACUAGAUUAAAAGAUAGAUAAGUUGAAAUUGAAUCCAAAUUGUAAGAAAUGGCUGCAGCAUUAACUAAGAAGAAGAAAUGA